AUGUCCAGGUCCACAUCCCUCCUGGACCUCAACCACGAUGUGCUCGAGCUCGUCCUCUCCUGGGUCCAGCCGCCCAGGGAGCUGCACGCCUUCCUGCUCAGCAACCGCGCCGCACACGACCUCGCGCUCCCUCAUUUCAUCUCCUCCGUCCGCCUCACGCACCCGGACCAAGUCCCCGCAUUCUGCGCGUACAUGCUCGACCCCGCACGGGGUCCAGAACGUCUCCGCCACCUCCGCUCGCUCGCCGUCGAACGCGGCGCCAGCGUCGUACGCCAACCGCGCGUGCUCUUCAUGAAACUCUCCUUCCCCGCCGGCGAGCGCUUCGCCUCCGUCCUCGCCGGUGCCCCGCGCCUCACGCACCUCGACGUCCGCCUCGCCGACCACGUCCUCUCCCGCGACCCGCGCAUCGCGCGCGCGCUCUCGUGCUCCACGCCGCAGCUCGCGCGCCUCGACCUCGACGGCGCCGGCGCGCGCGCGUGCCAGAUGCUCGCGCAAUGGCCCCCGGGCCGCGGCCUGCGCGAGCUCAGCCUCGACGUCGGCGACUUCGACGUCCGCCCGCUGCUCGCGCCGCACCGCGCCACGCUCCGCGCGCUCUCGCUCUCCACCGGCAUCUUCGCCUCCCAAGCACAGUUCCCCGCCGGCGCCGACGCGGAGGAGGGCGAGUACGUCUGGCCCGAGGUCACGGAGCUGACGCUGCAGAACGUGCUCCUGCGCCGCGGGCCGCUCGCGCGCGCCUUCCCGAACGUCCGCCGCCUGCGCGCGCUCGACGGGCUGAAGAAGCGGGCAGAGAUGCGGUCGUGGAACACGGACGAGGCCGCGAGCCGGUCCGGGUCGACGCCGUGGACGAAGCUGGAGGACCUGCUGGUCGACGUCGCCGCCGUGCACAACUUGGGGUUGAACGCGCCGGGCGCGUGUCCUCCCGCCGUGCGGCACGUCGAGCUGGCGCGCACGUCGGUCAACGAGAAGACGUCGUUCAUGGCGAGCCACUUCCUCGACGUCGACGACGACCCCGAUCCCGAGAUCUUCCUCGGCCUGGUCCGCGCGACGUCGCCGGCGUCGCUGACCUUCCGUCUGCGGCCCUCCUCGAUACCCAGGUUGCGGCGCUUCUUUGAGGAGCUCGCGUCCGCCACGCGGGGUUCGUUGCGCGUUCUGCAUCUGGAGCUCUUCGCGCGCUCGCAGAGUUACCUGGACCAAUUGCGCAAGGCCAUGGAAGCGCUUCCCGGUUUCUUGGCUCCGUUGUCGAUGACUUAUCUUUGCUUGGUGGUCGACGCUGGCGGCGCUCCAUUCGAGCAAACACUGCUUUGCCUUCUGCAGGAGGAGGCGUUGGUGUCUACCGUUGUUGAGAGAGCAAGCUCGGUGCAAGUGAUGGAGGUCAGGUGGUUGGAAGCUUCCUGGCGACAUUCUUGGUGGACUAUCUCACGGAGGAAUGACGAU